AUGUCCCAGGAGCCGCCUCACGAGCCGUACGGCCCUCUGGGUAACGAUCUCACCCCUGAGAACUUCCACAGACUCACACGGCCAGACCCGCCCGCAAAUCUCGCUAACGAGAAUCUGAAUCUCAGCGAGAAGUGGGUGUUUCUCCGCAACAAGCUCAAGCUUGCUGCCGUGGAGCUCAAAGACUUGAACAAUGAAGCCUCGGACGUUUACCUCAAGAUUCUCAAGCGACUGGGAUCCUCACGUGAUGGAGUCCUCUACGUUGACGUCCAAGACCAUCCUUCGCAGCGUAACCCCGACCGCUACCAUUGGAAGGCCCUGAUCCAGGAGAUCACUCCACACACGACUGGUCGAGAAUUUGACGACCUCCUUCCACGCAUCCUCAACUCCGCUACAGCCGAGGUGGGCGCUGCAGCCAAAGCCUACAUUUCUCACCUCAGCACUACCUAUGACCACCUCCAGGCCCUCGACAUCGACAGCUUUGAGUUACCACACACCGUUGCACACAUUUACAAUUCCUUCCACGAAACGUGGCAAGACGACCAUGACGCUGCAGAGGAUGCAGGCAACGUCCUGAUCGUGCUUAUCAAGGCCUGCCACGAAGCCCUCGUCGGCUUGAGCCGGGAUCUAUCGAAGCUCUACGUCGAGACGAGGCUUGCGCGAAAGGACAUCAUCGAGAACAACGUCCAGACGGCCCUACGCAUCCCGGGCUGGACGGCCCUCCCGUACGACGCGCGCGACCAGAGCAUCAAGCAACUAAUUCUUCGAUCCGUUCGAAAGAAUGAACCAAGCAUGAUGUGCGCAGCCCGGUACGAAGACCAGUGGAGUGCUGUCAUUGCGACUGUCGUUGCAGACUCGCGGUUGAGGCUCCUGAACGUCGUCGAGCGUGUCCCGCGCCUGGUCUCUGACGUGCGCUUCAUCAUCGAUGCCUUCAUCAACAGGCCAGAUAUCAGAGACGAACUCGAUCAGCAGGAGAAGGACGAAGCCCGCGUUGAUGCCAUGAAGGAGCGUUUUCCUAGUGCCGAGUUCAUGGGCCUGCCAGACGAGGCCCCAGGGGGUGACGACGUGGACAUGGAGAGCCAGUCAGACCAGGCCGCAGAAGAUGAAGACCAGGGCCAGGUCGGCGAUGAAGAGUCGUCAGACCAGGCUUCAGAUGACGAGGACCAAGAAUUGAUGGGCAGUGACGAGGAGAUUGAUGCUGAUGACGAAGAUGGCGACGACAGCAACGAACAGAGCAGCGAGGACGAGGCCGGCAAUAACAGCGACGAUAGCUACGACAGUGACAGCAGCGUCGAAGAAAGCGAGCAUGAGGCCAGCGAGAACGAAGCCGGCGACGAAGACGAAAGCAGCGACGAGGACAGCGACGAGGACAUGGACCAGGAACCGACUUCCAGCAUCAGCCCCUACGGUAACACACUGCCCAUGACACUGGAGACUUGCGACCAAGAUGCAGCCGCCGUCUUCAACUCCGUCAAUCCCGUCGACCACAAGCGCCUGUGGGAAAUCUUCAACUACCUCCGGGACCAGAUGAAGAAGAAACGCGAACAGCAUCUCGUCCUCGCCGCUAAGUCUACGCGCCUGAUGGCCGAUAUCCUGGACACUGUCAACCCUCGUCCUGACAGAAAGCAUUGGUCCCCGCUCGCUAUGGUGCACAUGAGCAGAACCCACUGCUUCGGCACUCCAGACGGUUUCUUGCAGCGGGCCGAAGUGUCUGCCCUCAAGGCGCAGUUCGGCGACGAGUGGAAUGAUAUGAGUCGGGCAUUGAAGUACAAGGUCAGCGAGGACCCGUACUUCCUGGGCCCCAGAACCGCUCAUGGCAAUCCACAAGGCUUCGAUGUCCGCAUAUGCACUCAAGACCUGCACCGGGUCCAUCUCGAAUGGACUAACGACUGGGAGGACGUGCCGGUGCGUGUGUGGGAGAUGAUGGAUUAUCUGCGAGGCAAGAUGACCAUGGACGCCGUCCCCCGCAAGCUCGUUUGGGUCAUGGCCCGCGUGCUCGACGAUAUCAACCCGCGACCAAACGGCAAGCCUUGGAGCACCAAGGACAUUAACGCCCUCUGCGACGCACACACAUUUGGCUGCCCCCGCGAAAUUGUGCACGAAGACGAGGUCGAGACGUUGGAGGAGGAGCAUGGCCCGAACUUCGAUAGUAUGGAGAGAUUCGAAGAACUUGUUGCAGAGGGAGAGGCUGAGAGGGAGGCUAAGGAGGCAAAGAAGGAGAAGGCUGCGAGGGGCUCGGAGACCAAGCCUGAGUACUGA